AUGCAUUACGUUCCAAUUAGAAGAAUCAUUACGGAGUCUAAAUUUCGUGGGCUUGCUCCCGAGCUUCUCGCCAACAUAUUCUCAUCGCUCCCGCGAAGAGACCUUGCCCACGUGGUUAGAGUGUGCAAAUCAUUCAACUUGUCAGGAUGCUUGCUUCUCUACCAGCACAUCGACCUUCGCAGCAAUGAUUUAUACCUUGAAUACACACUGGACUUCCUCCGAGGCCAUGAGAGCAUUGAUCAGAAGAUCGUCUCGGCUGUGCUGACGACGAUGCCUCCCACCCUCAUACAGACUCAGCAAGUUUACCAGUGGAUCGCCCCAGAUAUCGCCAAGCGUUGGAUUAAUCUUAGGUCAUUGGAACUCAGAGGGUAUCCUUUUUCGAAUGGACCAGGUUCUGAUCGCUUCGUCUACACCUUGCAUAGCUGCUGCCACCAGCUCAGACGUUUUGUAUACAGGCCUGGAUUUAGAACCUUGCCAGACACAUUUGAUCUUUCGAGGCUACAAGAAAUUGAAGGGCAUUUUGGGCAGAAUGAUAGUGACUCGGACUACUGCUUGCCCCUCAAUGAAACAAUGUUCGCCUCAAAAAACACCAUUACUCACAUUUCGUUUGUUGGCGAGAUCAGGGGAGAGAUUUAUAGCUCUCUUCACACAUUUCGAUUUCCCUGUCUCCGUUCACUUGAGCUUGGGACAUUGGCACAUGCUGAGAAUCCCGCACAAGUCAACACGCAAAUCACACGUUUUAUAUUAGAUCACCCCCAGAUUACCCAUUUAUCCCUGGGAAAAACCAGGCCUCUCGUCGAGAACAAUGUCACCAAUGCCCACGACCUCUUUCUCCAGUUUGACGGAAACCAUCUACUCCGAGAUUCCCUCCCUUUGCUCAGGUCAUUCGAAGGGUUUCUCGAAAACAUCACCUUGCUUGCUAGCCACAAUGUUCAGUCCAUUUUUACCCUCGCUUCCCUGUCGAUAUACUGUCCUUACAAGGACACCACCCUGAGUGAAAGGCUAAAGCAGAUGGUUCGGGCCAUCAUGCACGCAGACACAACUCCGAGGGAUCAAAAGUUUCCCUUUGUGAGGAAACUGCGGUUAGAGUUCUUCACUGAGCUACAUUCCAUGAUGGAGCAGGAUACAACCUCACUCAUCCAUCGGGAAUGUAUGGACCAAUUUGCGGAGCUUUGCCCAGGAGUGACUAGCUGGUACGGGCGACUGCCGCCGAUGACAUCAACUCACCUUGGAAUCAUGUUUGGCAUACCUCAAUACGUAGAGACAAUAUCCCUGCCAUGGUCAACUAUAUCUAUCCGAAAAGAAUCUGAAAUUCUUGAAUACUUCAAAGCUAUUGCGGCUAGAUGCAAGCAUCUCAAGACGGUUAUUGCUCGUAAAUCCGAGGAUACUACAGGCAACAAUUUGAUCUAUGUACUUCAUAGAGACCGCUACGGUGCUCUUUCUUCGGUCACCGUCCUGCCAGUUUCUGAUGACUGCUAUGUGUAA